GAGGGGAGGUCGAGAGAGAGAGAUCCUUCGCCGCGAUCCGCGAUGGAGAGCGCCAUGAGCGCUCCGAACUUGUCGAGGGUCAAUGGCUUUCAGCCCGGCUGCGUGGUGCCGCUCUCGGAGAGUCGCUUGGCCUUUGCUGCGGGCAAGCUGGUGGUGGAGAUGGACCUGGAGUCCAAGGCACAGAGGUUCGUGCAGGGGCACAGCGCCCUCGUGACAUGCAUGGCCCACUCAGAGCAGCAAGCACUUGGAGCUUCUGGCCAAGUGUGCAGAGCUGGCGCCAAAUGGGCAGAAGUCCUGCUGUGGGAUUCGGACUCUUUGGAAGUUUGUGCAUGCUUUUCCUACCACCAGGCGGAUGUGGAGGCCAUCGCCUUCAUUCAGGACGGCGAGGUUUUGGUCACGGUGGGCUCUGACCGCGAUAAGACUAUGGCUUUGUGGCCCGCGGCCCGGGAGGGCGUGUUCCGGAUCGGGCGCAAGGAGGGGGUGCCGCUGGCGGUGUCUUCGGCCUUCAAGGACGCCGCUGUGAGUGGGGUGGUGCCGGCCCCCGGCGGCAGCGAGCUGCCGCUGCUCUUCGCGAGCUUCGGGGUGAAGCACAUCAAGUUCUGGCACUCCGCGCGGUCCGCGCGGCUCUCCGCCGCCAUCGAGGGGCGCCGGGGCGCCUUCGGCUGCGACGGGGCGCCCGAGGUGAUCCUCUGCGCGGCCUGGGUGGCCCGGGAUCGCCUGGUGGCGGGCGGCAACGCCGGGGAGGUCUUCUUCUUCCACGGCAGCCGAGCUGUGCGGAAGAUGCAGCUGCAGAGCUCUCCGGUCGCCUGCCUGCUGCCCCUAAAGGAGGCCUUGGCUGUAGUGCACGGCAGCGGCAUGUGCCACCUACUGAACUUCGGGAAAGCACAGGAGGUAGACUUCAGCGCUGUGGCUGGCUGGCCAGGUGCCCGCUUCAGGACCCAGCUGGUAUCGGGUUCUUGGAAGGACCGCACUUUGCUUCUGUCCUCCAAGACUCAUUUGAUGUCCCUGGACUUUUCCAACGGCCUCCACCAGACGAAGAACUGUCAGGUCUUGAUUUCCCAGCCGUCCGCCGCCCUCACCUCGGUGGCCAUUCACCCAGUGGAGCCCCGGCUGUAUGUGUCCGCCCUGGACGGCUUGGUGCGCUGCUACGACGCCGCGUGGAAGCCUUUGGAAUCACAGAGCCUCAAGGCCUCAGCCGGGGUGACCUGCCUGGCCCUGAGCGGCGCCGCCUCGGAGGACAGCUCGGCCUGGCUGGCGGUGGGCUGCAGCGAUUCGACUCUCUCCAUCCUGAGCGAGAAGUCACACCGCUAUGUUCUGAGGAGAUCGCUGUCCGGGCGCAAGGCUCGGCUCACCUGCGCGAAGUUCUCGGCGGUGGACGUCUCCGGCGCCCACCCGCUGUGGCUCGCAGUGGGCACCGACGACGGCUGCAUCCACACCUUCCGCUUCAAGGAGCCUACAUGCAGGUCCUCGGUCUACACCACUCACACUGGGGAGGAGAUCGUGAGUAAGGUGGCGACGCUUCGGGGCCAUGAGGCGCCCAUUUUCGACAUUUGCUUUGCGGACACUCUGCCCUGCACGUAUCUGAUCGGUGUGGACUUGUCUGGCAAGGAGCUCGCCUUCGAUGUGCCUAUGGCAAGGAGGCUGCCUACCAUUGCCAUGGUGCGGGAGGUGCCCUUCAGUCCUUGGACCGCUCCUACUGGCUGGCAAGUGCAGGGCUGCCAGGGAGCGCAAGCGUCAGCGGGAGCGCUGCGCCGCUUCCAUGAGAUCCCGGGUAGGCAAGCCAUUGCUGUGGCGGACUCAGAGAAGGUGGAGAUCUUCCCCUUCCCGUGCUCGACGCCCCCCGGCAUCCACCCACCGCGUCUGGAGGGCCCUGCUGCUCCGAUCUCCACGUUGCUUUUCAGCAACAUCACCGAUAGCUUGCUGGCGACUGCCGACACGGUUCUCUUUGAGUGGUCCUGGACAGCGCAGGCGCCACGGAUGCCGCUGACUCCCUUGCGCUCGGUUCAAGGCAUGUCUGAGACACCCGAGAGCCGCAAGCCGCAAAUGCCGGCCUUCACGCCUCCGCCAAGGGCCCGCAGUUCCCAGGCUUCUCGUGCGCAGGCAAAGGAAGAGGCAAGCUGCCGCAACUGUCACACGGCUCUAACCGCGGGACUAUUCUGCCCGAACUGCGGCCAGAAGCGUCCUGACUCUGCGCAGGCGCCUCGGACUCCCCAGAGAGCCGCGUCGGCUGCAAGGCGCGUUUAGCGCGGUGAGGGCGGCUUGGGGCGUGCCUGCCAGGCCAGGGGUGCCUUUGUAAAUUAGGGGCCAUUGGUCUCAGUGACCACUGGGGGACUCUGUGGGUU